AUGGAAGAAAAGACUGAAUACACUACCUAUACCACUACCACUACCACUACCACUACUACCACUCAUCAAAACAGCUCUGAAAUGAGCGAUUCCAAGACUGAACAUGAAGUCGUUUUGAAUGAGAAGAUCGAUCAAAUGUCCCAUCACUCCGCCUCUGCCCACGGAAAUGCUGCUGCCAUGGAGAAGGGCCAAGAAACCAACGAAGAAUACGAUGAACAUGGUAACCAAAUCAACUUUGUCAUGUCAGAGACUGAAAUCAAGCUGGUUCGCAAACUUGACUUCAUGUAUGUGAUGCCAUACAUUGCUGUCCUCAAUUUCUUGCAGUUUUUCGACAAGUCUGCUCUUAAUUACUCUGCUGUGCUCGGUAUCAGAGAAACUGCCAGCUUGGAUUUGAAGCAAUUCAGUUGGUUGGGCUCUAUCUUCUAUCUUGGUUAUCUCCUCUUCCAAGGUCCUAGUAUGAUCUUGAUCCAAAAGAUGAGAUUGAGAAUGUACAUUGGCACUGUCAUUAUUCUUUGGGGUGUCGUUUUGCUCUUGACUUUCUUGGGCCACAACUUUUCUCAACUAGCUGCUCUUCGUUUCUUGCUUGGUUUCUUUGAAGGCGGUAUCUAUCCUUGUUGUAUUAUGCUCAUCAGUUCUCUUUACCGUCGUAAGGAACAAGCUGGCCGUAUUGGUGUCGUCUACAUUUGCAAUGGUAUCGCUCUGUCUUUUGGUGGUCUCAUCGGUUACGGUAUCGGUAACAUGGACGGUGCCGGUGGUUUGCGUGCCUGGCAAUGGAUCAUGAUCAUUCUCGGUGCAAUUACUAUCCUCUUUGGUAUCGUUUCAUUCUUAUUUAUGGUUGAUAACCCAAAGUCCAAGGUUCUCUGUUUGAGCUCUGAGGAGGAGAAGAUUGUUGAUGCCCGUAUGCGUGACAAUGCUGUCGUCCGUAGUAAAGAAAUCAAAAUGAGCCAUAUCUAUGAGUCUCUCAAGGAACCUCGUUUCUACAUUUUCUGUCUUUGCUCCAUGCUCAUCAACUUCCAAAACAGUGUUCUCAACACAUAUAGUUCUCUGAUCACCAAAGGUUUUGGUUUCACUAGUUUGAAUGCUAUUCUCUUGACCAUUCCAUCAGGUGUUACUGAUUGUCUCUUCAUUGUCAUUGCUGUUUGGUAUAAUCGUCGUUAUGGCAACACUCUUUAUGGUGCCUGUGCCUUCUUGUUCGUUGCCAUCAUUGGUAUCUUGUUGUUGGUUGUCAUUCCUGUUGCCAAGGCAAAGCUCUUGGGUCUCUAUUUGACUUGGGCCUACGCUGCUGGUUAUGUUUUGCUUCUUGUCUCUGUCGCUAACAAUGUUGCUGGUUAUACCAAGAAGAUCUUUUACAGUAGUUCCAUCAUGGUCUUUUACACGUUUGGUAAUUUUAUUGGGCCCUUUUUUAUGGUCGAAAGUCAAGCACCUUUGUUCGUUGGAGGUAUGGUUGGUUGUAUGGUUGCCAAUGCAGCCACCAUUGUCUUGUUCAUCUAUGCUCGUUGGGACAUGGCCAGAGAAAAUCGCAAGCGUAUGGCCAAUCAUGUUGAGAUGGAGGUUACACCUGAUAUGACUGAUGUCGAAAACAGAAACUUUAUUUAUCGUCUUUAA